AUGUUGCGCCGACUAGCGACAGAGAGCGGCACUGCAGUGUGCCUGCCGCAGAUCGCGGUGGUGGGCGGACAGAGCGCCGGGAAAAGCUCCGUGCUCGAGAACUUCGUGGGGAGGGACUUCCUCCCGCGCGGCUCUGGGAUCGUCACCCGCAGGCCCCUCGUCUUGCAGCUCAUCAACUGUCCCACAGAAUAUGCCGAGUUCCUUCACUGUAAGGGGAAGAAGUUCACAGAUUUCGAUGAGGUGCGUCAGGAGAUCGAGGCGGAGACGGAUCGAGCCACGGGCCAGAAUAAAGGCAUUUCUCCCGUGCCCAUCAACCUGCGCGUCUACUCGCCUAACGUGCUGAACCUGACUCUGGUGGAUCUGCCGGGAAUGACUAAAGUGCCGGUGGGAGAUCAGCCUGCAGACAUCGAGCACCAGAUCAGAGACAUGCUGAUGCAGUUUGUGACCAAAGACAACUGCCUGCUGCUGGCCGUGUCGCCCGCUAACUCCGAUCUCGCCAACUCUGACGCCCUGAAGAUCGCCAAAGAAGUCGACCCGCAGGGUCUGCGGACGAUCGGUGUGAUCACUAAACUCGAUCUGAUGGAUGAAGGGACUGACGCUCGGGAAAUCCUGGAGAACAAGCUGCUGCCGCUGCGCAGAGGUUACAUUGGUGUGGUGAACCGCAGUCAGAAAGACAUCGAUGGGAAGAAGGAUAUUAACGCUGCUAUGGCGGCGGAGAGGAAGUUUUUCCUGUCUCAUCCCGGUUACAGACACCUGGCCGACCGCAUGGGAACGCCGUUCCUGCAGAAAACCCUCAACCAGCAACUGACCAAUCACAUCCGUGACACGCUCCCUGCGCUGCGCACUAAACUGCAGAGCCAGCUGCUGUCCAUCGAGAAGGAAGUGGAGGAAUACAAGAACUUCCGACCAGACGAUCCGUCCCGGAAGACCAAAGCCCUGCUGCAGAUGGUGCAGCAGUUCUCUGUGGAUUUCGAGAAGCGUAUCGAGGGCUCUGGAGAUCAGAUAGACACGUACGAGCUGUCUGGAGGAGCCAGAAUCAAUCGCAUCUUCCACGAGCGCUUCCCCUUCGAGCUGGUGAAGGUGCGAGAGCAAGCGUGCGAACACACACUCACAUGUGCACUUCUCAUAGACGGUGUUUUUCCACUCACCAUUCGCAUUAAUCAUAUGAUGGGACGCCAUAAAUGCAUUUAUACACAUGCACAGUUGCAUUUACUCCAGCCUGAGUCCUGA